AUGCUCGUGUCACCGCUGACCGUGACGUUCGUGCAAUCAACCAUUCUAAAUGCGUUGUCCAAUAUCCUUGCCCAGCUGAUCGACCAGCACAUCAAUAGUCCCAAACCCUUCUCACUGAACACGCUGGCUCUGCUGCAGUAUGUUACCUACGGCAUCCUGAUUGUGCCCAUCAAUUUCUACUGGCAGCGCGCUUUGGAGGCGCGGUAUCCGGGGUUCCCCACGCGCGCUGAAAUCGCAAAUGCAUUCCGCUUCUCGGGGCGAUCAUGCUCGCCGGCUGCUCUGUUCAGAGGCAUCCGCUCCUUUUUUUCCUUUGCGGUCUCGUCUCUCUUUACCAGGGAUCCGGACGAUCAGCUUCCUUCUCAUAAAGAAAGGGAGAAAGACAAGGACUUAUGGGCGCCGCGGGCCCGGCGCUCCGGUCUGCAUUGUUUCGUGAUGAAGUUCUUUCUCGACCUGACGGUUGCCUCCGGCGUGAACAUUGUUCUUUUUGUUGUUUUGAUAAAUCUUCUCAAGGGUGAGAGCCUUUCCCGUACUUGGGAGCUAAUUUUUAUUGAUUUCCGUCCUAUCAUGAGCGCACGUCUCAAGUAUCGCCCUCUCGUUUCAACUCUUAUGUACACUGUCAUUCCCGUCGAUCGGCGCGUUGUUUUUGGGAGCGCUUGUGGUGUCAUCUGGGGCGUCUAUCUAAGUUUAUAUGCGGUGGUCUAA